AUGGGCGACAUAGGUCAGAUCUCGUAUUCAUAUCAAGAUGUACCUAUUGGCACACCAAGGAGUCUGCGCGUCGUGUGCAUGGGGAUGGGCUACUCGGGAUUGAUGAUGGCAAUGAUUAUCAGGUCGAAAAUGGCAGACACAAAUCUCGAGUUCCAAAUCUACGAGAAGAAUUCCGACCAGGGCGGAACAUGGCUCGUGAACAGAUAUCCCGGCUGCCAGUGUGAUAUUCCCGCCCACAACUACGAGUACAGCUUCGAACCGUUUCCUGAGUGGCCCAACUACUAUGCGACGUCGGAACAGAUUCACGAAUACAUGAAGAAGACGUUCAACAAAUACCGGUGUAGUGAGUUUGUGAAAUUCAAUCACGAGAUCAAACGUGCCGAAUGGCUCGAUAUGCAUGGAAAAUGGCAACUUACGGUCGAGCAAAAUGGCGAACAGUUGAUCGAUGUCUGCGACGUCUUCAUCAACGCCGGUGGAGUUCUCGACAACUGGAACUGGCCGGUCAUACCGGGGAUCGACCUUUUCGAAGGGAAGCUGAUGCACUCUGCGGAUUGGGACCAGUCUUAUGAUUUCACGGACAAAGCGGUCGCCGUCAUUGGCAUUGGUUCAUCUGGGAUUCAAAUUCUGCCCCAAGUGGCCAAAAAAGCCCGCAAAACCGCCCUAUUUGCUCGAUCCCAGACCUGGAUCACACCAAGUGUGGGAAUCAGCGAGCCGGGACCAGAUGAUCCUGAUGUCGACGAGACCCUCAAUUACUCUCUUCAAGAGCUCGCACGAUUCAAAGCGGACCCCGAAUACCUCCGCCAACAUCGGAGGAAACUCCAAGAUGGUCGCAUUCAAGGCUUCAAGCAAUUCAUCCUGGGGUCUCCUGACCAAGAAGAGGCAAUGAAGAUGUUCUCCGUGUCGAUGAGAGAGCGCUUGGGUACUUCGGACAAAGGCCGGCAAAUCGCUCAACAACUCGUGCCUGAAUUCCCUGUAGGGUGCCGCCGGCUCACACCUGGACAGGGGUUUCUGGAGGCUUUGUUGGAAGAUAAUGUCAGCUUGGAAUGGAGAAACCUGGACCACAUUACUACAAAAGGCAUUGUCACCAAAGAUGGCCGACUGAUCGAGUGCGACGUGAUUUGCUGUGCCACCGGUUUUGACAACUCUUUCAAACCGCGAUUUCCCAUCAUCGGCAAGGGGAACGUUGACCUCGUCGACCAGUGGGCCGACUCACCCGAGGGAUACUUUGGAAUCACGGUGGCCGGAUUUCCCAACUACUUCACGUUCAUCGGGCCCAACUCGCCCAUCUCAAACGGGUCAUUGGUUCAAGCGAUUCAGAUCACGGCGGUCUACAUCGCCAAAUGUAUCGCCAAGCUGCAAAAGCAGGGAGUCAAGUCGAUGGAUGUGACCGUGACCGCCCAAGAUGAUUUCAACGAACAUUGUCGGGCUUAUCUCGCGAACACGGUCUGGUCGUCAUCCUGCAGCAGCUGGUACAAACAAGGGACGACGGACGGCAAGAUUGUGGCCAUCUACUGUGGUAGCUCGUACCAUUUCAUUGAAGCACUGAAAGAACCACGGUGGGAAGACUAUCACUUUGAGUAUUUGGGCGGCAUUCGACCCAAUCGCUUUGCAUACUUGGGAAAUGGAAUGACACUCGCCGAGACCAGAGGCAAGAGUGUCGGGGCGACACAGACUAUGAAUCUCGACGAGUACUGGAACUUGUUCAACUUGCCCAGCAUCUUGGAGUAG